CAAGCUUGAUUUGUUUACCCUUCAAGACGACGACGCGGAAAAUAGCCUCAUUAUCAGCAAAUCUAAAAUAAUCACGCGGCAAACUGUGCACCAUACUGAAGAAACCACACAAUAUUAAUUAUUUCAGGUGGAACAUAAAAUUGUUCGAAGAACAGUAAGAAGAACAAUAAGAUAACAUGUCCAGCAUUGGGAUAAGCGUGUUCCAAUGCCUGCUGGGGAUACAGUGCAAUGACUUCACGAUGAUUGCUGCUGAUCAGAUGAAUACGCAAAGCAUCAUCGUUCUCAAAGACGACGAAAAGAAGCUCCACACUAUAUCCGACAGGCUGGUCAUGGGCCUGAACGGCAGUACAGGGGACACGCUGCAGUUCUCCCAAUUCGUGGCCAAGAACGUCCACCUAUACAAGAUGCGGAACGGAUACAAACUCGACACGGCGGCCGUGGUGCACUUCACCAGGAAGAAUCUGGCUGAUGCGCUGAAGAGUGGGAACCCAUGCAUGGUGAAUAUGCUGGUGGCAGGCUACGAUGAACACCUCGGCGGCAUGCUGUACAGCCUGGACUUCUUAGCUGCUUGCGUCAAGGUGCCUUUCGCCUCACAUGGCUGCGCGGGACUGUUCUGCCUCAGUAUCUUGGACAGAUACUACAAGCCCACAUUAACGGAGCAAGAAGCAUACGAAGUCCUGAAGAUGUGCGUCCGCGAGGUGCACCGGCGGCUGUUCCUCAACCUGCCCAACUUCUCCGUGAAGGUGGUCUCUUCCCACGGCGUCAAGAAGCUGCCGCCCAUCAACCCUGCCACCUUCGUCAUCAAUAAGUGAAGGUAACAAGUGCUCUUAACGUGAAAGUUGGUAUUAAAUUAUGGAACCAAAAGGUGAUUAAUCUCUACAUCACUUUAACAGCUUCCUGAAGGAAGCACAGAUCAUUAUUUCCUGUAACUACAUUUUCUACACUAGCUGAUAGAAAUGAUGGCAGACAGGCAGAAUACUUUUGGAGUGGACUGAAGCAAAAUAUUAUUUUUUAUACAUUAUUAAUU